CUCCCUCCCCUCCCUCCAUAGGGAGCGACCUCCUCUCCAACCCUAAAGAGGGAGAAACACAAGCAGUCACGUCGCCUGUUUAGCCGUGGGAAUAAAACAACACGACGGAGUUAGGCGGUCAGGCGUCUGUUAGAUCAUGAGGUUAUGUUGAGACCGUAGCGUUAGCUGGAAAACAUGCGGUUACGGCGGCGAUUUAAACGGCAUCAUGAGGGACUGGGAGCCGGGGUUCGCCCAUUACAGUGCUAGGAGCCGUUAGCUUAGCUAAGCGGAGCUAGCUAGCGAAGGAGCGGCGGACUAGCGGCUAAACUUCGGAGCUAGAAAGGAGAAUUUGCGGUUGUUUCAAAGUCUACCUCAACACUCGUCGUUACAGAGUGGGAUUUAUUGCUCUAAACCCAGACACGAUAUCGUUAUCUUCAGCUGAUGGUUGAACACGCGAAAGUAUAUUUAGUAACCGUUGUGUUUGCUGCUCGCUCAGUAGCUAACGGUAUCGAUCAGAGCAGCUUGUUAAUCAUUCGGGGUCGGCUUUGUGUUCCCAGGCCAUGGACUAAACAGCCUUCUUUAAGAAAAAAGGUAGCUUGCGGUCUGGCCUUGGGUUAAAAAAAAGCUGUUUAUACGCCCUGAUUUUUUGUUUUUUGGACUGGAAUAUAAGGAAGAAAUAAAUAAAUAAACCGCUCUGCUGGAUCAAGUGCUUCGGGAUCAUGAUUUGGAUGCUCGGCUGUGUCCCAAAUCGGAUGUGAAGGGAGGAGGAAAAAAACGAACGGAUUCUUCUUCUUUUCUACUUUCUCGAGUUCGGGACGUUGGUUUAGAUAAGCUGUAAAAAAUAUAUAUUUGUAUAUAAUGUCUACUGCGAAAGAAAACCCUUGUAGGAAAUUCCAGGCGAAUAUUUUUAACAAAAGCAAAUGUCAGAAUUGCUUCAAGCCGCGGGAGCUGCAUCUGCUGACCGACCCAGACCUCAACCAGGCUAAACCGAUCUAUGGAGGCUGGCUGUGCUUGGCUCCAGAGGGAACGGAUUUUGACAAUCCGAUGCACAGAUCUCGGAAAUGGCAGCGGCGCUUUUUCGUCCUCUACGAACACGGCUGCUUGCGCUUCGCUCUGGAUGAAUCGCCAAGCACAUUACCGCAAGGAACUGUCAACAUGAACCUGUGCACAGAUGUGAUAGAUGCCGAACCUAAGACCGGACAGAAGAACGCGCUGUGUAUAAUCACACCUGAACAGGAGUACUACAUUCGGGGGGACAACAAAGAAAUUAUCAAUGGGUGGAGCGAGCAGCUAGUUGUUUAUCCAAGGACCAACAAACAAAAUCAAAAGAAGAAGCGUAAGGUGGAGCCAACAACAUCUCAGGAGCCUGGUCCAGCCAAGGUAGCUGUAACUGGCUCGGGUAUCCCUGAGGCGGAGAAGGUACCAGACUCCAGCUCCAUCAUAUGGCAGGAGGAGCUGCAGAGCAGAGAAGCCGAGGUGUCUCAGGCAUGGUCCUCAACAGACAUGACACCCCAGGGCUCACUGCUGACCCCUGCAGCAGAGGAAGCAUCUGUGAGUCGCAGUUUGGACCUGGGCUCUUUUAAUGGAGAUGAGGUGGACCGCUGUACAUUCUCCUUUCCCCCAUGUCUUUCCCAGCCCCCGCAGGACCUGGUUUCACCGACAGCAGGCUUGCUGGGCGGCAUUCCACGUUGUCCUUCGCCCGCACACAGUGAACCCUUCCCCUCAGGCAGCAGUCUGCUGUCUAAUGGCUCGCACAUCAGCGGCUCCAUCAGUUCGCUGGACUCGGACGCCAGCACAGACAGCCACGUGCCUCUCCGAGGACGCAGUAGGCCCGAGAAACGUAGAGAGAGACAAGACCGAGAAGCUGUAUUCAGCCCAGAGAGAAGUGGCCGCUCGAACGUGAUCGAGAAGCUCGAAGCGCUGGAGCUGGAGAACGCGGAGAGGAUGGAGGUCGAAGAGACGGUACGCGGCGAGGCCAGACAGGGCCGCAGCGAAAUGAGACGUUUCAACAGACAGAAGCUUGAUUCCGGACAGGGUCUGGACUUCCACCACACCACUAUUCCUCCACUGAGAAGAGCCAAGUCACUGGACCGCAGGACAACAGAGUCAGUCAUGACUCCAGACUUGCUGAAUUUCAAGAAAGGCUGGAUGGUGAAGCUUGACGAACAAGGGCAGUGGAAGAAGUAUUGGUUUGUACUGACGGACCACAGCCUGAGGUAUUAUAAGGAUUCGAUUGCCGAAGAGGCGUCAGAUCUAGAUGGUGAAAUUGACCUCAGCACAUGCUAUAAUGUUACAGAGUACCAAGCUCAGCGCAACUAUGGCUUCCAAAUUCAUACCCAGGAGGGACUGCACACCCUCUCAGCCAUGACAGCAGGAAUACGCCGCAAUUGGAUCCAAGCUGUCAUGAAAAAUGUUCGACCUUCCACAGCACCUGAUGUUGCAAGUCUGACAGAUGAACAUGGAUCCUUUGGCCCCUUGGAGAAUCUUACGCGGCCAGAUAUUACUCAAGACUCUCCGUCCUCCGAAGCCUCAUCUGCGGAACGUGAGCCCAGAAAGAGCCGCGCACGUGAGCGGCGGCGUGAAGGACGAUCCAAAACGUUCGACUGGGCCGAGUUCAGGCCCAUCGCGCAGGCCCUGGCUCAGCAGAGAGCCCAUGAAGCUGAUGUGCUUCAGGCUCAGCUUAGCGACAGUGAACGCAACAAGAGGAGGGAGGAGAGACGGAGGAGGUAUGAGUGUGUGACUGGCAGCUUGAUCUUUGAGCCAUGUCCGCCUGACACCAGCAGAGCGGACCCGGAGAGCACCCACACGGUUGUGGGUAGCGUCUGUCCGCCCUCGCCGGAGCGUCAGCAGAAAGUGGAAGAUGAAAUCGAGCGGCGCUGGCAGCAGGUGGAGAAAACUCCAAUCCGAGAGGAGAGGAGAGUAGCACUGUCCUCGCCACUGAGGACCAGAGAGACGACUGACCUCGAAAAACUACUAGAGAGCUACAAAAAGGGGGUAGAAGAUCUGAAAGCACAGUUAGACACAUGCCACCAGCAUCUGGCGGAUUCUAACCAGCACAAGCUGGAGCUCGAGAACCAGCUCAAAGCUGCUCUGGACCGAGAGAAUCAGAUCCGCUCUGGCUACAUCUCACCGCUGGAGUCACCUUUGAGUCUUGAGACAAAGACCCAGAUGAAGAAGCCAGAACUGGUUAGUUCUCAAGCUCAGAGCUUAACAAAGAAGUACCAGGAAACCAAAGAGCUUCUCCAGCUGCAAGAACUGAAAAAGCGCAACAUGCAGGCACAGCUUGGCCUUUCACUUUCACACUUGUGCACCAAGGAACCAUACCUUUCUGACACCAAAACACCAUCCACCUCUGAGAUCCUUUCUUCUAGUCUUGUUACGAAAUCUGUCACCUUUGUUCUUCUGGAUAACGAGUGCAAGAUAAGAGAGCUUGAGGAUUUGAUAGAUUGUAGUAAACCGUUGUCGGUUAAGGAGUUGAUCAAACUGCUGCACUGUCACACUGAUCCAGUGCUGCACAGUUUCCCUCCAGACGCAAAUGAACAUGAUCAAUCGAGCGACCUAAUGAAGUGUCAAAAACUUUUGGAAAGUCUUAAAACUCAGCAGGAAAUGAAGAACGAGACCAUGAGGAUGAGUCUGGCCAAAGCCGGGGACAGCAUUCGAGAUUAUGAGGCUCGAAUUAUCACAAUGGAAGACAUGUUAGGAAGGGUCCAGAAAGCUCCCUGUAUAUCUCCUUGUCAACAGGACGACUCAGCGCAGAUGAUGAACCGUGGUCUGUGUCAGAGGGUUGAGCUGCUAACAAGUGAAAAUGAAGCACUGAACCAGCAAUAUCAGGAAAUCGUCAACCAGCUGAGAGAGGCAGACCGAGAAAUAGACAGACUAAAAGCAGAGCUUCACAGACUUCAAAGUGGCCAACAGUAUCAGCAAAGCAGAGAGAAUCAGGAUGUGAUUGAGCCAGGAGACAAAGAAGCUGUUAAGAAUUUGUACGAGCAGGAACUCCUUGACAAAUCUCAGAAGCUUGAGGAGGCACUAAUCAAGUUGGAGGUACUUGGGAAUAGUUUGAAAGACACAGAAAAGAAGCUGCAGCUCAAAGAGGCUACUCUAAAAGGUCUCGGGUUUCAGGUGCCCGAAAAUGAAAAUGAUGACGAGUCAACAGAGUCUGAGAAAGACCACCUUAGGCAUCAUCUAGAAAUAAUCGAGUCGAAGCUUUCUGAAAAGGAGAAGUUGCUUCAAUCUGUGGAACAAAUGUGCAAAGAGCUUCAAGCACAGAAAAUGGAACUCCAGACAGAAAAGCAAGAAGCUGAACAGGCUUUUAACCAAGCACUUUCAGAGGCUAAAGAGGACAUUAGAAUGUUGAAAGAGAGAGCUGUGGAGGAGGGGAUGUCUGAUAACGAAGGCAGAGUCGACAGUAAGUGCCGAGAGUUGAUGAAGAGCGAUAGUGUGAUGGAGGAAGUGUUGGAAGGUUUCAAGAGGAGGUCUGAUGCUCUUAAUCAAGUGUUAGCUUUGUUGAUGAAGUCCAGUGAGGACGAGUUUGAUGGAUCGAGCAUUGACUUUGAAGAAGGUAAAGUGGGAAGGAAUUUGACAGGAAGGAUGAUAGCGUUGUUUGAGUGUGAGAUUUUGGGUAGAGUUUUAAGUGGCAUUGAGAAAAGUCAAGUGGGUAAAGGAGAUGGUGAAAAAGCAUUUGUCGUUAAAAAUAUAGCAGAACGAAUGCUAACAGAAAAUAAAAUCUUGUUUUCUGUGACCAAAACCAUUGAGAGCAUGGUAAACACCGAAGGUGCAGAGAUGCAGACUGAUAAAGAUGCAGUAGGAGAUAAGAAGGUUAAUGACGUCAUUAUGAAACAGCUUGUUGAAAACUUACAAAGUAAAGUAGCCCUGUUAAAUAAGAUCGCUUCAGCUGUUAGUGAACCUGCAAAUGAACAGUUCAAGUCUUUGGUUUUAACGCUGUCUAGUUGUGGCCGUCAGGCACAGUGGUCUCUGUGUGUUCGAGAUGCCUUAUUGGAUGUAACUCGCACAUAUCUCCUAAUACGGCACAGAUUCCAAACCGAGUAUGAAAGGCACUCGGAAGUCGAAGGUCCAACAGCUGAUUGUGCUUCUUGUUCUCAGUUAAGAGAGCAAAACCUAGAGCUUCAAUUAAAGCUUGAACAACUGUCGAGCACCCAAAACCCUGUCGCCGAUGACUCCAAGCCAGUGACAUACAUCCACAUAGAGGGUGAACCGAUCGAUUCGUUGGACAAGGCCAUUCAGUUACAAGACAUGGUGGCAAAACACAAAAAGGAGCUUCGAGAAGUGAGGGAGGCCUAUGAGCGAGAAGCGGUCAAUCUGAAAGAGGAAGUGUCCAAGAGCGAGGAAACACUGCGACUGAGAUCUGAAGAGAACGUUAAAGAGAUUGACUCCUUGACUGUAUGCAUGGAGAAUCUACAGAAGAAGAAUGAGGUGGAGCGCAACAUGUUGGUGGAGCAUUUUAACCAGGAAUUGGCCGAGCUUAAUGAUGUGAUAGGGUCUCUUGGAGCAGACGUUCCAGAUGAUGGCCAGCUAAACGCUGCUUCCCUCAAACGGCGCAUUCAGAAGCUAGUGGUGCAGGUGACCGAAGAGACCAGGCAGCGAGAUCGAGAGGAGGAUACAAGGUUACUGCGUCUGAAAUACGAGAAAGACCUGGAAAACCUAAAGGCUACAUGUGAGCGAGGCUUUGCUGCCAUGGAGGAGUCACAUCAGAAGGUAAUAGACGAGCUGCAGAGGAAACACCAGCGGGAACUGGAGAACCUGCAGGAGGAGAAGGAGAGACUGUUGGCCGAGGAGACGGCAGCCACCAUUGCGGCUAUCGAAGCUAUGAAGAAUGCACAUCGGACUGAGCUGGAGAAAGAAUUGGACAAAGCAAGGAAAUCUAAUAGUAACACUGAAAAUGCAGACAUUGAGGAAAUUCGCCUACAACACGAGGAGGAGCUGCUGUCAUUUCAUAGGGAAAUCGAAGUGCUGUCUGAGCAGUACUCGCAGAAAUGUCUGGAAAACGCUCACCUUGCACAGGCACUGGAGGCUGAGAGGCAGGCCCUGCGUCAGUGCCAGAGAGAGAACCAGGAGCUUAAUGCGCACAACCAGGAGCUGAAUAACCGUCUGGCUGCUGAGAUAACAAAAAUGAGAUCAAUGACCAGUGAAGAAGGCGAAUCUGGACCAGUCAUUCAGGGGAAAGAGCUAUACGAACUAGAGGUCAUGCUGAGGGUGAAGGAAUCGGAAGUGCAGUAUCUAAAGCAGGAGAUCAACUCAUUAAAAGAUGAACUACAAGCUGCCCAAAGAGAUAAAAAGUAUGCGACCGAAAAGUACAAGGACAUCUACACAGAGCUGAGCAUCGUGAAGGCCAAGGCCGAGCGAGAUCUGGGGCGGCUUCGGGAGCAGUUACAGUUAGCCCAUGAGGCAUUGGGAGAGCCCACGCCAGAGGAGGUGCAACGGGGAGGAUAUGAUAUCAUGAAAUCAAAGAGCAACCCAGACAUCCUGAAGAUGGCUGCCGCGGCUGCAAAACGCUCCGAGCGUACCAUGAGAUCAAAGAGUCUUAAGGAAGGCUUAACAGCUGAGCAAAGACUCCACUUGUUUGACAACAAGGACACAAAGGAGUUCUGAAACUUGACGCCUCAGCCUGGCUUUGCUGCAUGUUAUAGAGGUCCACCAUAUUUUAUCCCAGUAAUUAAUCACUUAGAAACACACUGGUCACGGCACACAGCAUAUUAUAAACGUGGUAUGAAGUUUGAAUUUUAUGUCUGUAGUCUGCGUUUUGUGCACUUCAGUUACUGUGACUUUUUUUUUUCUUUUUUAAAUCAUGUCUUAAUGUAAAUAGUUGUUUUUAAUGAAGCAUCUAUCAUUCAUAACACUAAACAUGACUGUGUCAGCUACUGUUUUAACUCUAGUAUGUGUGAAUAGCCAAAGGAUGGAGAAAUAUGUAAUGACUCUAAUUACACUUCCUUAAUAAAGAGUAGAAACAAUCAUACCUGCAGAUGUGCUUAUUAUGGUAGAUUAUGGUUAUGCACAUCACAUAUGUCCCUCCAGCUUCCUGUCGAUUCUGAUGAAAUCGGAUGGCUGGCAAAGUGAAAAGGAAACACUACUUGAUCCCUGGAAGUGUUGGUUUGUACAUGGAGAUUACUGAAUGUUGCUGAAUGUGGACCAGUUAAAAGCAUGGUGUUUGUAUCUUGAGGGCUUUUUUUCCUAGUGUAAAAUAUAUAAACAGAUUUCUAUAGAGGGCUUCUUUAUGUAAUCAUGAUGGUCAAUCCACUGAUUGGGAGGUUUUUUUCUUUUCUUUUCUUUUUUUUUUUUUAAAUUUCAUUUCCUCUUGCCCUUCAAGUUGAUAAUGUCUGUAGUGAUGUCCAGUCACAGUCUCUUGUAUUUAUUUAAAUGUCAUAUUUGUUUUUUUUUUGCUCACAAUUUCAUUCCUCUAUACAAUGCUAUUGUAAAUAUACCACAAAUGUACACCGACUGACAGCAGGUUUAUUAGCAAUAAAUAUUUUUGCACCCUG